GCCCUUUUCUACGUGUCGUAUUACCAUUGUCUGUCUGACGUUCAACUGGGAAGGGUAAAGCAGCAACAGUCCACAGAAAUGGCAGAAGUCGCCCCAGCUCCUGCCACGGCUCCGGCUAAAGCUCCCAAGAAGAAAUCUGCAUCAAAGUCGAAGAAGUCCGGCCCCAGUGUGUCCGAUCUCAUCCUGAAAACCGUUUCAGCGUCAAAGGAACGCAAAGGAGUGUCACUAGCAGCCCUCAAGAAGGCUUUGGCCGCUGGUGGCUAUGACGUGGAGAAGAAUAACUCUCGUGUGAAACUGGCACUGAAAUCCUUAGUCCAGAAGGGGACUCUGAUGCAAACCAAGGGUGUCGGCGCUUCUGGUUCCUUCAAACUGAACAAGAAAGGCGAGUCCAAGGAACCUGCGAAAAAGACAGUCAGCAAAGUUAAGAAACCGGCGGCCAAGAAACCAGUUGUGGCUAAAAAGCCAAAAAAGGCGACUGCGAAGAAACCAGCAGUGAAGAAGACGCCAAAGAAGGCGAAGAAACCGGCUGCGGCAAAGAAGACUGCGAAGAGCCCGAAGAAAGUGAAGAAACCAGUGAAGAAGGUGGCCAAGGCUCCCAAGAAGGCCAAGGCGGCUAAACCCAAAGCCACGAAGCCGAAAGCAGCAAAAUCCAGGAGGGCAGCUCCCAAGAGGAAAUAAACGGACUUUAAAUAACGGACUUUGCUACCCAAAAAGGCUCUUACAAGAGCCAACAUGUCUUCGUAAAAGUACCGAAUUAUUCCAUAAGUAUUGUUUGUUACGAUUUGGAGUAUUUUAAUAUGUACAGUUUCAUAUAGUUACAGCGUUAGAGAGUUUUUGUAGUUUAAUAUGCACGCCAAAGAAGGUAGUCCAAUUUGGUAGGGCAAUCGAUAUAUUAAUGUUAAUUGGCAAGAUUAGUAAAGGCAACGAAGACUCCAAAGGAAAUUGUAUACUGUUGUGUUAAACUUGCAACGAAAUGUGUAAAAUAUUUAUUUAAAAGUGUUUUAGUGAGUAUCUUUUAAUGCAAGAUGAGCUUUUUGUAAAGACAGAUUAACAUGUUAUCGAGUGAUGCACAGUUUUAUUAGACACUAAUACAACUUUUUUCUUCCCAUUGUAAACAAUUGAUUGUUUUGGUUUGUAUAAUCUUGUAAUUAUAACCCUGGUUUAGUCUAUAUGUGAUUUGAAUAAAUGCGCCAAGAUUUCCAACAUCCAAUCAGACAAAGGGAGCCACCUAUGGAUGUCUGUAACCCUGAGAUAUUAAGCUCGAUUGUUUUAACUUUAUGUUUUUUCUUUUGUGUUUAAUAUGCAAUCUUUGUUAGACGAGGAACUCAUCUUUCUUUGUAUUUAUUGUAUUUUCGGGGUCUGAUGAUAUUGAUGCCUUUUAUAAAUAAAUAUUUUACUGUAUAUGGUAAAUGUG